GCUACGGGGGAGGCGGCCCGUACCCACUGUGCGUCCUUGAGCGCCGGCUCUCUGCACUGCUCGGGCAGGACGGCCCCCAGCUCCUGGAUGAAGCGGCCGCACAUCUUCAGCACGUCGGCCACAGCCUUCUGCGACGCGCAGCGCACCCGGAAGUCCUCCGCGGGGCCAGGGGACGAGGCCGGGCCUGAGGCUGUCCCUGUAGCCACAGCUUGCCUCUCCUCUUUCUCCUUCUCUUCUUCACCUUCCUUCUGCUCCGGCGGGCGCUCCGAGUUCCCCGCCAUUUUCCCCCAAGUUCGAAAUCGGCGGGGCACAGACUCCGGAAGCGGAAGGGCGGGGCUAUAGAAAACCGGAAGUGUCCCGGAAGCUGGAGCCUUCGCGUUUGCGUUCUGCCGGGUAGGAGAGGGUAACCAUGGGAGACGUGGCGCGCGGUUUCGUAGAUUGUCACUGCCACAUCUCCGCGCCCGACUUCGACCCGGACCUUGAAGAUGUGUUGGAGAGAGCCAAGAAGGCCAAUGUGUCAGCCAUUGUAACAGUUGCUGAACAUUCAGGAGAGUUUGAAAAGAUCAUUCAGCUUUCAAAAAGAUAUAUGGGGUUUAUUCUGCCAUGCCUAGGUGUUCACCCUGUUCAGGGACUUCCAUCAGAAAACCAACGAAGUGUCACUUUAAAGGAUUUGGAUGUAGCUUUACCAGUUAUAGAAACUUAUAAAGAUCACUUGUUGGCAAUUGGAGAGGUUGGAUUAGAUUUCUCUCCAAAAUUUGCCAGGACUGACGAGCACAAGGAGGAGCAGAGACAAGUCCUGAUUAAACAGAUCCAAUUAGCUAAAAGACUAGAUUUGCCGUUGAAUGUUCACUCACGCUCAGCAGGCAGACCAACUAUUAAUCUGCUACGUAAGGAAGGUGCUGAAAAGGUGCUGAUGCAUGCGUUUGAUGGCCGCCCAUCUGUAGCCAUGGAAGGAGUGAGCGCAGGAUACUUUUUUUCAAUUCCUCCUUCUUCUGCAAAGAGUGAACAGAAAGAGAAACUUAUAAAGCAGCUGCCUUUGUCUUCCAUAUGCUUGGAAACGGAUUCACCUGUGCUGGGACUAGUAAAAGAGGAGCGGAAUGAACCUAAGAACAUUUCCAUUUCUGCAGAAUUCAUUGCCCAGGUGAAAGGGAUCUCAGUGGAAGAAGUUAUGGAAGCGACAACUCAGAAUGCUCUGAAAUUGUUUCCCAAACUCCAGCAUCUGCUUCCAAAAUAACCUGCCAGAUUCCCUCCAGGAAAAUCAUUUCCUAAUAUACCACUAGGUGGCAGCAUUGAAGGAAAAUACAUCUUCUGACUAAAGAAAGAGCAUGGACUGGACAGGGGCCACCAGCAUGGAGCCAUGAGAACUUUAAAUUGUUAUCGGUUGAGUUUAUGCAGAGCAAACUUGACUGGCAUUUCUGGAGCUAGGGUUUAGUUCCAGCUCUACCGUCGACUAUAUGCAAUGAUAGUGUGCGAGUGAGUUAAUGAUGUAUGUUUGAGGCUUCUGUGUAGUCUUCAAGUCUUCCAUCAAAAUCGAUCAAAUGCUGAGGGAGGAGCAUGGGAACAAAUGCUGCUGUUGCUGAUCUUGCUUCUGCCUCCACCAGUGCCUCAUGGAACAGUGCUUUCAUUUAUUCAGGUUAAGGAAGUUCACGUAGGCGAGAGACAGGCACUGUCUAAUCCCCUUUUUUUUAGUGCUUGGCAAGUGCUGUACCCAAACGUUACCUAAUAAAUGUCAGUUUUGCUUCAGUCUGAA